UUUCAGCUCAGCAAUCCAAUAAAAACCCCCAUCACUCGUUCAUUAGUUUCUCCACUACAACACUUUUUGCUCUCUCUUCUCCUCUACUAUAUCGCCUCAUCUGUAUUAAGAAAAUUUUAAGAUCUGAGAUAUGGGAAGUUCAGGAGAUGCAUGGAAAUUGAAAGACCACCCUAAACUUCCAAAGGGAAAGACAGUAGCUGUGAUUGUUUUGGAUGGUUGGGGUGAGGCUAAACCUAAUGAGUUUAAUGCUAUCCAUGUUGCUGAAACUCCUGUUAUGGACUCUCUCAAAAAUGGUGCUCCUGAAAAAUGGAGAUUGAUUAAGGCACAUGGUAAUGCUGUGGGGCUUCCCACAGAGGAUGACAUGGGCAACAGUGAGGUUGGUCACAAUGCUCUUGGUGCUGGAAGGAUCUUUGCUCAAGGUGCAAAGCUUGUUGAUCUGGCCCUUGCCUCUGGUAAAAUAUAUGAGGGAGAAGGUUUCAAGUACGUUAAAGAAUGUUUUGAAAAAGGAACUUUGCACCUCAUUGGACUCUUGAGUGAUGGAGGUGUCCACUCCAGGCUUGAUCAAGUGCAGUUGUUGCUGAAAGGUGCUGCUGAGCAUGGUGCCAAAAGAAUUCGCGUCCAUGCCCUCACUGAUGGGCGUGAUGUUCUAGAUGGUUCUAGUGUGGGUUUCAUGGAGGAUCUUGAGAAUUCUCUUGCACAAUUACGUGAAAAAGGUAUUGAUGCCCAGGUUGCAUCUGGCGGAGGUCGUAUGUAUGUUACCAUGGAUCGAUAUGAGAAUGACUGGGAUGUCGUAAAAAGAGGUUGGGAUGCUCAAGUUCUUGGUGAGGCUCCACACAAGUUCAAGGAUCCCGUUGAAGCAGUUAAAAAGUUGAGGCAGGAACCCAACGCCAACGACCAGUACUUAGCCCCUUUUGUUAUUGUUGACGAUAAUGGAAAGCCCGUUGGGCCUAUUUUAGACGGUGAUGCUGUUGUGACUUUCAACUUCAGAGCAGAUCGUAUGGUCAUGCUUGCAAAGGCCCUUGAAUACGAGAACUUUGAUAAAUUUGAUCGUGUACGAGUCCCUAAAAUCCGUUAUGCUGGUAUGCUCCAAUAUGAUGGUGAGUUGCAGCUUCCAAGCCACUACCUCGUUUCUCCUCCAGAAAUUGACAGGACAUCUGGGGAGUAUUUAGUGCGCAAUGGUGUUCGGACUUUUGCUUGCAGCGAGACUGUUAAAUUUGGUCAUGUCACCUUCUUUUGGAAUGGAAAUCGCUCCGGGUAUUUUAACGAGAAAUUGGAAGAGUACGUGGAAAUUCCAAGUGACAGUGGAAUUACAUUUAACGUUAAGCCAAAAAUGAAGGCGCUGGAGAUUGCUGAAAGGACUAGAGAUGCCAUCCUUAGCGGGAAAUUUGACCAGGUACGUGUGAACCUACCUAAUGGUGAUAUGGUGGGGCAUACUGGUGAUAUCAAAGCAACAAUUGAAGCUUGCAAGUCUGCUGAUGAGGCUGUCAAGAUGAUCCUUGAUGCUAUUGAACAAGUUGGUGGAAUAUAUCUAGUUACUGCCGACCAUGGAAAUGCUGAAGAUAUGGUUAAGAGAAAUAAGAAGGGAGAGCCAGCUCUUGACAAGAACGGGAAUAUUCAGAUACUCACUUCUCACACUUGUGAACCUGUUCCUAUUGCAAUUGGUGGACCUGGACUGGCACCCGGUGUGAGAUUCCGCCAAGAUCUCCCUACUGGUGGGCUUGCUAACGUUGCUGCAACCUUUAUGAAUCUGCAUGGCUACGAGGCACCAAGUGAUUACGAGCCAAGCUUGAUUGAGGUUGUUGACAACUAGAUAUCUCAGAGAAUUUAGGGGGGUUGAAAUUUUGGCGCAAGUUGAAAGUGAUAAUGACUACUACAUUCUAUACACUUUCCAGUUUAUUUGAAUAAGACAUUUUUUGAGCUUAUAUUAAUAGAAGUUGACAUUCUACCACAUGGCCUUUGUUAAGCUAUGGUGGAAGAAUGCAGUAUACUUUUCAUGUUAAACCCUGUAAUCUUUCAAUGCAUCAAGUCAUAUCAUGAGAUUAAGUUUUCAUUUGGUGGAAAAAAUUCUUAAUCCUUUACUAUAUGUAGCAAGAAAUGCAUAAUCUGUUUGAUGCUCCUUA